GCAUUGUUGGUUUAUAGUAUUAUACCAAGAAAUACAUUCUUUUUUUUUUCUUUUCUGUUUUUUUUUUUUUUUCCACAAAAAUAAAUAAAUAAAAAUUAUAAAAGCACACUCAGGACAAGAGGGUUAUAUUGGCAAUAUUGCCCUUUUUUAGGCUUUUGGGGGCAGGGUAUGGUAUACAAGACAGGACAGUCUAGCAAGAAUUUGCAAGGGUUUUGGGUGAUGGUUGGCUUACAGGCAGAGACGCAGAGAAGAAAUGUAUAGCAGCAGCGUAGUCUGUUACAACAACAACAAGUUGCUUCAAAUUCAAAGAAAUUUCACAAUAAUUUCACUAUUCAAUACUCAUCCUCAUCAUCGUAACCUCUUCCUCUUCACCAAUCCAAACUCUCAUAAUAAUAAUAAUAGCAAUAUUUCAUUCAAUUGCAACAAAUUCCCUCUCAAAAUCUCACUCCAAAAAAAUCUCUCCUUCAAUCACCAUCAUCAUCGCCUGCUUCAAGCAUCCUCUGUCGGACAAUCGUCAUCUUCAUCAAAGGAAGAAGAACAAGCGAGAGAAGCAGUUUCAGAGAUUCUUCAAGAAUUUGGGGUUUCCAAGGAUGAUUCGCUGAAUAUAGCUUUGAAUUCCCCCAAAUAUGUAGAGAUGUUGAUUGACAGCGUUCGCCAGUUGGAUGAGCUCUCCCUGUCCUUGUGGGAUUCAUGGAAUAGCAGCCAACAACAACAACAAGGAGCUGUUGAGGAGGGGCUCUCAUUCAAAGAGAAGGUGUAUCGUGUAGCCAAGGACAAAGGGGAUAAUGGGUCACUUCCCUUCUUGGAGAGCCUGGGACUUUCUCUCUCUUCUGCCUCCCAAGUCGCCCGCUACGUCUCCUCCCACUCCCACACACUCCCUGAACUCAUUCGCAGGGUUAAGUAUGUGAAGGAAAUGUUCUUUUCUGACAGUGAUGAUAAAGGGUUUCUGGGGAAGAAUGCCCGCCGUAUGAUGAUGCACCUUUCAAUUCCCAUUGAUGAGGAUGUGCAACAAACAUUAUCAUUUUUUGAGAAGAUUGAAGCUAAACGUGGGGGUUUGGAUAUGUUGGGUUCCAAAGAUGCCUCCUUUCGCUACCUCAUUGAAUCAUUUCCACGUCUUCUUUUUUUACCAAUAGAAUUGCAUAUGAAGCAAAUGGUUGGAUAUCUUGAAGAUAUUGGAGUGAGCAAAGGAUGCAUGAGAGAAAUUCUUCUAUUGUUUCCACCCGUUAUUUUCUACAACAUAGAGAAGGACUUUAAACCAAGAAUGCAGGUUUUUGAGAAGGUAGGUGCAGAAGAUGAAGAUUUUGGAAGGAUGUUGCUCAAGUAUCCAUGGAUUAUGUCUACUGGUAUUCAAGGAAAUUUCAAGGAAAUCCUUUCUUUCUUUGAUAUGGAGAAGGUACCUAAAGCUAGCGUUGAGCAUGCAAUAAAAAGUUGGCCCCAUCUUUUGGGUUGUUCAAUAAGCAAGUUGAAGUUGAUGGUUAAACAGUUUGAUGACUUGGGUGUUAGAAGCAAGAAGUUAGGUCAGGUCAUUGCUAAAAGUCCUCAGCUAUUACUUCGAAAACCUCAAGAAUUUCUGCAGGUGGUUUCUUUUUUCAAAGAUUUGGGACUUGAUGAGGAAACUAUUGGUAGGAUACUUUGUCGCUGUCCUGAAAUCUUUGCCACAAGCAUUGAGAAAACUCUUAAGAAGAAGCUUGAUUUCCUUUCUGGUAUUGGUGUCUCUAAGAAUCAUCUUCCUCGCGUUAUCAGGAAAUACCCAGAGCUUUUUGUGUGUGAUGUUAACAGAGCCUUGCUUCCUCGAAUUAAGUUCUUAUUGAAGGCCGGGCUUAGAAAGAGGGAUGUGGCGUUCAUGAUCGGCAGGUUCUCUCCAUUACUAGGGUACAGCAUUGAAGAGGUUUUGAGACCAAAGUUAGAAUUCCUAGUGAACACCAUGGAAAAACCGCUGCUUGAUGUAGUUGACUAUCCAAGGUAUUUCAGUUACUCGUUGGAGAAGAAGAUAAAACCGAGAUACUGGGUGCUUAAGGGUCGGAAUGUGGAAUGCAGCUUGAAAGAUAUGUUGGCCAAGAAUGAUGACGAAUUUGCUACUGAGUUUAUGGGUCUUGGAAGGAUGCUUGUUCCUCCUACCCCCUCUCCUGAAUGACUUACAGUAUUUUGUUCAGUACUUGUAUAUAUUGUAGUGGCUCCUUUUUAUUGAUAAAAUCAAGUUCUUUCUUACAA